GCUCCGGUCAAUCUUCGCACUAGUAAUUCUUAUCAGCGCCAAAUCAUAGCGGGUUUUCGGAUUUGAAUCUUACCCUAUCUUACCUCAUGUUGGAACCGAACUUCGCGUAUGCCGAUUCGUUAAGUACAAUCCUGGGCGCAGAGCUGCCAGCCUGUGGGCCACAUCGUCGAGAUCAAUUUCUAUGCGCUGCCAGUUCCUUGCGGCAGCUCUGAGCUUACUAGGAUCAACGGCUCUAGCAUUACAUGCCCAAUUUCCGGUCAAGACUGGGGAAAUUGGUGUUCGACCCUUGGAUGUGAACCCUGGCAAUGCAUACAGUGUCUGCUCCAACAGCGAGCAAUGGAAGUUUGACGAAUAUCCUCUCGAUAAUGCGACAGGGAACUUGAUCUUCGACACUGUCCAUUCAUUCCUGCAGCACUGGCCAAAUACGCGAUAUCGUAAUGGACAUAACAUAAUACCAGGAGUUAUUCCAGUUGGCACUCUGCUUUAUCACGGCACCAACGGCUCGCAGACGAUACCCAGUGGACCUGAGUGGACCGCUACAGACCCGGAGCAUUCUAUUUUUUUCUCUCGUGGAAAUGGGAGUAGCUGGCACCUCACGCUGUCAGCAACGCGUCCUCUCAAAGUGUUGUACUUUGAUGGAAGUAGUGCUGCCAAGAAUUCCGAAGGUCCGAUGGACAUCCAGGAUAUAAUCGUCUGGGGAGAACCGCGACCUGAGCGAUUCUUUGAUGAAAGUGACCGGAUUGAAGGUCUCUGUACGUGGGGCAAGGAGUUUGGAAUCGAUGGUUUUGCGAGGUUAGAUGCGAUUCCACUCUUCGUGAUAUCACUAAGUCCCAGAUUUUUAGGAUGGAAAUGGACUUGCACUGAAGUUAUGUUGUGUGAUUUUACGGCCGGUGUCGAGAUAGUGUCUUUCCUGCACCUCGUCUUACCAAAGGACGAACGGUCAUCCCUUCGCCCUACUCCACUUGAUUCUGAUACCGGGGCUCGCACGUUUGAAGUCUUGCAUUCUGGCUCGUGGCACAAUCACUACCCAGGAGAUUCCCGUAUUGUGCUGGACCUGACUGGUCUCGUCUCAUUAUAUGAUACUGCACUGGCACCAUCACUCAUCCCGGUUCGUGCGGGUCUUGAACGGUGCGACCACCGCGUACUUGGGAUAUCAUCAGACGACAUAUCGCAAGUGAUGAUAAAGCUCACCGAAGUUGUCAGUCGACCAGACCCAGCGGGCAGCGGCAUUGACUGGAAGACCCUCACCCACACCAUAGUCGAUCGAUACGCAGAUCGACUUGACUUGAUGCAGCAUCUCCUCAAUUUUACCUCGUCAGACUCGCAAAAGCUCCUUCAGCGAGCGAAGCUCGCGCAGACCCAGCUCCGUAUCAUGCUUACGCCGUAUCUAUUACAUUCCACCAUCGUCCCCGGCACAAGCGAUUCGGGCGUAGAUGCAUCGCAGUGGGCAUCCCCAAUUUUCAGGCUGUGUGCCACAGCACACACUUCCAAGAUGAUAAACCACAUACCCUUAAUGACAGCUUCGGAACACUUGCUCCUGAAAGCUGUCGAGGACACAACAAAAGAGAUUUGUCGUGUCACUACGAAAAUGUGGGCUGAUGGUGUCAUGAGCGGGCUCGAUGCCCUCUUUUACGUGGAACAUCAUGGGGAUGGUGAAGUCACUCGAUUGAUGGAUGAUUGGAGACGCGACAUCCAGAAGCUGAUGUCUUGGUUAGACUGGAGUGUAUGGAUCAAAUGCCGACCUGCCUGCGGUCCAGAGGAAAUGUGUUAUCUCUCUACUUGGCCCAUCAAUGCCCCCAGGCCAGAGCGUCCAUCUCCACGGAACCCAGAGAACUACGCUCCGGAAGAGCAGUAUUUUGCUGACCACGUCGAAUCUCCACCCGAAUACCCCACGGUCCCAACAGAGGACUGGAGGCAGCCUCAACCAAAAUGCAUCAGGCGCCUCCAGCCGUACGGAUUUUGA